GUGGGAAUGUAUAAAAGAGUAUUGUCAACAACCAAAAUGGGCUGCGGUAAUGUGUCAGAUGACAUUAUUCCAUUUCUUUUUUGUUCGUUUGCAGAAUAAUCGUAUGACAAAAUUAUGAAUCUAAGCAGGCCAAUAUUCUAUUAUUAUAGCAAUAUUUCACUGCUAUAUUGUAUGCCAUCGAUUAAAGAAAUCGAAUGCAACUAGAAAGUUUUCGAUGUGUAAAUGUGGCUUUGUGGGCGCGACGUAAUAUCAUAUUCCUUCCGAUGCAAUCACGCCUGACGAUGGCGUGCGCAAAAAAAAAAAAAAAAAUCCAAAGGGAAAAAAAAGUGGAGGUUUCACAACCCAAACUGUUUCUUUCAUGCACGCUUCUCGUCGACCACUGUUUUCAACUCCAUGCCAUUCCACCUCCCAAAAUUACGAUAUCCACUUGGAUCAGCAACUGCAUCAAAUUACAAUCCGAGAUGAACACCAUCUCAAAGAUCGUCUUUCGGAAUUACCGAUGGAACUCAAGAUACGGAUUUUCGUGCUGGCACAGAAUCCGCAAUUGGUGAAGUCGGCAUCCACAUUUUGGAAACUAUCUCGAGCGUCCAUGGUACGGGCACGGUACCUUGUUCAACGGUUUGGUAAAACUGCGGCAUUAGGUGAACGAAGUAUGAGUUAUCGCAUUGUUUCGUUACAAGUGAUUGCGGAUAUACUGAAAUUACGCUGCAAUCCCCGAGCCGAUGGCGACUGGUUAUUUUGGAAAGCGUGUGAAAACCACCACGAGCAGCUUGCCAAGAUGCUUCUUGACGCCAUGCAACCAUCAAAAGAGACACUUCACCAUCUCCUCAAUGUGGCUGCUAUGAAAGGUGCCAAUAAUAUCAUUGACUUACUCGUUCAUCAGUAUGGAGCGGAUAUUCAUCACAACGGGGACGACUUGGUGCUGAUGCUUGCCUGUGCUGAAAACCAGGUGGAUGUUGUGCGCCAUUUAGCCAGGCAUUACAACUGCGAUCUUCACAGCAACAGAGAACGUCAUUUACGUCGGGCUUGUUUGCACGGUUACACGGAUUUGGUUGAUUUAUUGAUCCCUGGUGCUGACAUUCAUGCGUAUAACGAUGCUGCUUUACAAAAUGCCGCCCACAAGGGUCAUGCUGCAAUUGUUGCACGAUUAAUUGACGUUGGCGCCAAUGCUGCGGCAAACGAUAACGCUCCCAUUCAGUAUGCAGUAGUCCAUGGCAACACCUCCCUUGUAGCCUGUUUAAUCGCUGCCGGAGCUGAUCCACGAUGUCACCAGGACAAACCAUUGCGGAUCGCGAGUCGACAUGAUGUGGUGGGAGUGAUUGCUUUACUAUUGAGACAUGGUGCGGAUCCGAAUACUGGUAAAGGAGUUCCUCUGCGUGAGGCUAUCCGGGCUGGCCAUGUGGCCGUUGUCAACGUUUUGCUUCAAUUCGGUGCAGAUCGUCAUGCCUACGGAGCGCUAAAAGGUCUUGCCGAUGCCAUUGUGAAGAAUGAUCUGGACAUGGUUCGAUUUUUGACCAAAGCAGGUGCACGUUUGGAUCACAAUUGGAUAGCGCAGACGAUGAGAUCAGCCAAACGCAAGAUAUCUAAACCAAUGCAACAACUGGUGGCUGAUUGGCAUGAUUCUCGGUCCAACAACGCAGCAGAUCAUUGAAAUCAUUGUUUAUCACUUCCACAUGUAAAUAGUUUUUUUUUCUGCUGUAUCUAGCAGAUACAUAGUCUAUACUUUUAUUUUUAUUUUUAUAUCAUAGUUGAAUGAAACACCAAAAGCAACAUGUGCUGUACAUAGUACCCAUGAU